AUGCGAUCCUUCAAACUGCUUGCUGCCAGUAUUGCUACAUUUCUUCCACUCGCUGUAUCAUCCUCCAGGCUCGAAUAUGCUCAAAAUGACCUGCCAAUCGUCAAUUCAACCAAUGGUGCCCUUCGUGGAAUGAAGUCUCCGUUCCGUGGAGGUGUGACAGUCUACAAAGGCAUCCCAUUCGCUGCACCGCCGACCGGGCUGAACAGAUGGACGGCACCAACGUCGCCUUCUCCAUGGACUGGCGUACUCAAUGCUACGGAAUUUGGCCCUCAGUGUGCACAGACGACAUCAACUUCAGCUGGGAUCUUUAACAAUGGAAAGAGUACAUGGAGCGAAGAUUGCUUGACCUUGAACGUUUGGACCCCUGCAAUUGGCGAGUCUCAAGAAGUGUACCCGGUCUUCGUCUGGAUCUACGGUGGCAGGUUCACGGGUGGUAGCGGAGAUGUUUUGACCUACGAUGGGUCCGGUCUGGCCAGUAAGGGAGUCGUGGUGGUGACAUUCAAUUAUCGCCUAGGUCCCUUUGGCUUUCUUGCGCAUCCAGACCUCUCAACAGAGUCGGGGCACAAUGCUUCUGGCAACUAUGGCAUCAUGGAUCAGCAAUUCGCAUUGCAGUGGGUUCAAGACAAUAUCGAGGCUUUUGGAGGUAAUAAGAGCCAGGUCGUCGUGGGUGGUCAAUCCGCCGGCUCAGCGAGCGCACUCGACAUGAUGUGGAGUCCACUCACGCCAAAGGGCUCCAUCAAAGGAGUGAUCCCAGAAUCCGGCGCAAGAGGACCUCAUGAUUCUUUGACCGGAAGUCUGGCCACGAGCUAUCGCAACAAGACUCGUGCCGAGUCUCAAGGGCUAGAUUUUGUUGUAUCGAUGAACGUUUCAUCAAUCGCAGAGCUCCGCAACGUGUCGGCUACUACCCUUCUAACAGCUGACAACGACUCCGACGAAAUUUUCGAGGGCACUGCAUUCGAAAACAUCACAGCAGCAUUUAUGGACCCUCCACUCUGGCGCCCCGUCAUUGAUGGCUACGUUCUCAAUCACGGCUACGGCCAAGCUCUGGCAACAAAUGAUCAUGCUGAUGUUCCCAUCCUCACGGGCAACAACCACGACGAAUCUGGCGCCACACCUGAUCCUGGUCUCACAGUGGCAGACUACCAGACUUACGGCCAGAUGUUCCGCAACUUCUCGAGCCAGUUCUAUUCCUUAUACCCGGGCAACAACUCCACCCAAGCAGACGCCGGAAGCAACGAGUUCUUCCGUGACCUCAGCCGCGUCCCCACCUGGAGCUGGGCUAAAGCCUGGACUGCCGGUGGUGCAAAGAGCAAUGUCUACGUCUACUUCUUCAACCGUGCUCCUGCGGAGAUCAAAGCUAGUGGAGCCUACCAUGGUAGCGAGCUUUGGUACACGUUCAACAACAUCCCUUACGCAGACUACAGCAAUGUCACCUGGGAGUCGUACGACUACGAAGUUGAAAGACAGAUGUCGGAGUAUUGGUACAAUUUCAUUGCCACCGGCAACCCGAAUGGUGGUAAUUUGACCUACUUCCCACCGUCCACGGCUGAGGAGAAGCAAGUGAUGUACUUGGGCGAUAGCUGGGGUUCGGGAGUUCUGAGUGCUUCUGAGGAGAAGUUCGACUUUAUUCAGAAUUGGUUGUCGACACUUUUCGAGUGGUAG